GUACAAUUGUAUUAUACGUCAAUGGAUAUAUUCAUCUAUUUUGAUUUUUAUAUUGAGUUCUUGGUUUUGUUGUUGGGUUUUGUGCAUCUUUCCAAUUUUCCCAGUCUUUGAUUAUUGGUUUUUCUAAUUUUCUGGUUUCCUCUCAUCCCCCCACAAUCUUCCUGUUUAGAGCCCUUCAAAUAUGUAUUAUGUAUUGAAAGAAGAAAAUCAUGGAGAAUUGUAAUUCGAGCCAGAGCCACUCUCAUGAGAAGGAUUAGUUAAUCAGCUGUGCGUUUUAUCUAGCUUUGUGUUCUUACAGAGGUUUCACAUCUGCUCGCUUCAAUUCUUGGAAGCACUAGUAUCUCUCAGAACACCUCCCCACCAUGAAUUGCGUGAGUGAUUAUGCUCAUUCGAAUGAGUAUAAUAGUUUCAGAAGCAGUGUUCCUUUAAAAACAAUCAUUGUUGAUCCGGACUCUUCUAAGGGCUGGAAAAUCUAUGACUCUGGACCAAGAUCAAUCAACACUCCGUUGAUUUUUCUUCCACCAGUAAGUGGAACAGCAGACGUCUAUUUCAAGCAGCUCCUAUCACUUGGUGCAAAGGGCUAUCGUGUUAUUUCAGCAGAACAUCCUGUUUAUUGGAGUGUCAGGGAAUGGUGUGAAGGAUUUAGACGAUUAAUUGACUACAUGGGCUUUUAUAAAGUCCACAUUUUUGGAGCAUCUCUAGGUGGUUUUCUUGCUCAGAAGUUUGCAGAGCAUGUAUCUAGUUCACGACGAGUCAUAUCUUUGUUUCUAUGCAACACCUUUAUCGACACAUCUGUUUUCAGUUACAGCGAGUCAGCUAGUUUGUUUUGGAUGUUACCCUCAGUAGUGCUCAAAAAGAUGGUCAUGCGAAAUUUCAAUACUAGCGAUGUGGACUCUCAUAUUGUUGAUUCCAUUGAUUUUAUGGUUGAAAAGCUGGACAGUCUUUCGCAGCAGGACCUGGCAUCACGGCUCACUAUAAAUUGUGUUCAUUCGAGGGUAAACCCGGAAAAAUUGAGUUACGUCCGAAUGGUCACUAUCAUGGAUGUUUUCGAUGAAUGUGCUCUCUCCACCCCUGUGCGUGAGAAAAUUUAUGAUUGCUACAAAAACGCAAAGCUCGCCCAUUUAAAGUCCGGAGGAAACUUUCCCUACUUAAGCAGGAGCGAUGAAGUCAAUCUGUUCCUCCAAAUUCACCUAAGAACAUUUGAAGGAACUUACCUCAGUGCCUCAGAUAACAAAGACUGCUCAUUGUCCUAAUAAUUAUUUUUCGAGCAUCAUUUCAGAAAUGGCCUAUUUCAUGGACUUCCUUACUUAAGUAAUUUUGCAUCUUUAUAUUACUGUUAUAUUGUUAUUUAGUUGUAAGUUCUCAUUGGGUGAUUCUCCUAACUUUUCUUUAUGGAAACAGUGUUUUCUUUUUAUCUUUUUUUUUUGGCACUGUCUAAAAUUAUAUUAGAUCCUUUUUUUAGUCAAUCUUUUUUGUAUUGAAUAUUUUGAAGUACAAAAUCAUUGUGACAGGUGAGUUCUUUAGAUGUCCUGUCCACGGAUAAGGAAACUGCCUUCCCCUUAUUU